AUGGUAUUUUGUUGUUCUGGAAGGAAAGAUGAUCAAACAAGAACUAUUGAACGUGAACUCAACAAUGAACGCAAAAUUCUGAGACGGCAGGUAAAGGUACUGCUGCUUGGUUCAGGUGAAUCUGGAAAGUCAACAUUCAUUAAACAGAUGAACAUCAUUCAUGGAGCAGGAGAAUUUACAGCAGAUGAAGUACGAGCGUAUCGUCAACAAAUAUAUCAGAAUGUUAUCUCAGCCAUGCGGGUGCUACUAGAUGCUCGAGCUAAGUUAAACGUUGCAUGGGAAAAUCCUGAACGAUCGAAUAAUGUUCCGAGAAUAAUGAAAUUCACCGUUGCCGAUCUACUGAGAGGAAUUGAUUAUACUACGUUUGCCGACAUAUCGCCGGUGAUCAAGGAUUUCUGGGAGGAUGCUGCCGUGAGGCAAACAUUCGAGAAGCGCAAUUUAUUCCAAAUUAGCGAUUCCUGCCAGUACUUCUUCAAUCACCUGAGCAGAAUUGCUAUGCCAAACUUCCAUCCGACGAAUAAGGACAUACUCUAUUGCAGAAAAGCAACACGAGGGAUUUGUGAACACACAUUUGAGAUCAACAAAAUUCCAUUCAGGUUUAUCGACGUUGGUGGCCAACGAUCUCAACGGCAAAAGUGGUUUCAGUGUUUUACUGAUAUCACUAGCAUAUUAUUUAUGGUGGCUUCAAAUGAGUAUGAUCAGGUGAUUCUGGAGGAUCGUCGAACGAAUAGAGUGGUCGAGUCGCGGUCUGUGUUUGAGACAAUUGUCAAUAAUAGAGCGUUCUCUAAUGUCUCCAUCAUUCUAUUUAUGAACAAGAGUGACCUAUUGAAAGAAAAAGUACCAAAGUCCGAUAUUCGGCAGUACUUUUCCGACUUCACGGGCGAUCACCUGUGCGUUCGAGACGUUCAAUUCUUCUUAGUCGACAAGUUCGAAACUUCACGAAAAGAUCGUGCUCGACCAUUCUUCUACCAUUACACUACAGCUAUCGACACAGAUAACAUAAGACGAGUAUUCAUAGACGUCCGAGAUACAAUACUACAGCAAAAUCUUAAGUCGCUAAUGAUGCAGUGA